AUGGCGCUGCAGGCCAAGCACCUGCUGAAGCCGCUGCCCAGGGACAAGCAGAUUGAGAUCCGGCCCUUCCUGGAGGCAGUGUCCCACCUGUUACUCUUAUUCGAUCGCCUUGGGUCCCCAGGGUUUACGCCCAUUAAGGCAGACAUAAAUGGUAACAUCACAAAAAUCAAAGCUGUGUACAACACAGACCCUGCCAAGCUCCAGACCCUACAGAAUGUCCUGGAGGCAGAGAAGGAAAUGUAUGGAGCAGAGUGGCCCAAAGUGGGGGCCCCGCUGGUGCUGAUGUGGCUGAAAAGGGGCCUCUGCUUCAUCUAG